AUGCAGUCGUCCAACGACGAAGACAGAAAACUUGUGGAAUCGAUGUAUUCUACAAUUGUCGAGCACCUUCAGAAACGCGGACACACUUCAACGAAUACCGAAAAGCUCACUGAAUAUAUUGAGAGAAUGCAUUAUCUCAUGAAACAAUAUGCUUUGGAGCGCUUUGAAAGGAAAAGUCCGUCUCUUCUCGUGGAAGACAUUCUGGGAAAGAAAAAUGAGGCGGCCUCUUCUUCACCAUCAUUGCCCGAAAAUCUGUCGUGUGACGUCUCGACCUGCUCGACAACUUCACCGGACAAGUUCCCAUCGCUCAAAUCAGAAGGCGUCAAUUCUCCACCAGAGGUCCAGUCUAGCAAGGCAAACGUUGGCACUGAGAGUUCUCGCAGAAAGACAAAACGCAGUCUUGAAGACACCGUUCAGAAGCUUUCCGACAAGAAGAUCAGGGAGGAAAAAGAAGGAGUUACUGACAAGAUCCCAAGUCCGGCGCGACCAUCGCCGCCAAUGUCAGCGGCUUAUUCAUCGGGAUCAUCUCAGCCAUCGCCGUUGUUGUCAUACCAAUUCCCAUUGGUCAACCCAGCAACAGUGAUGUCUUACUGGAUGAAUAACAACGCCAUGAAUGGAAUUCAAAAUCCAAUCUACAUGGCACUUCUCCAGCAAAACACACUUAGCCACUUCUUCCAAGGGGUCGACCACAAUCAAAGUCAGUCGGAUGCGAGCAACUCACCAACACGCGAAGAAAACAUCGACGUUGAAAGCGAUGAUACUGAAACUCCGCCAUCCCCAUCUGAACAAACUGACAUGGAAGAAUUCCAAGUUGAAAACAAGUCUCAAUCUAAAGGCACUUCAUCUUCCAAAAACAGCUCAGGAAAACGAUACGAUUGCACUGAGCCUGAUUGCAACAAAAGCUUCUCGAACAAGUUCUUGCUUAAAAAGCACCAAUUCAUUCACACUGGAUUGAGACCCCACGUCUGCCCAUGGUGCCAUAAGAGAUUCAAUCGCAAAGACAAUUUGUUGCGCCAUAAGAAGACCCACGUUGCUAAUGGGGAUGAGAUCAAGAAGGAUGGAAGAGGACGAAAAGCUGCCAAGCAGCCCACGACACCAGUCUCAAAUAUGAUGUCUCACUCCUUCAUGCUGGAUGCCUUGAAAAUUGACAACUUCAAGCUUCAACUUGAGCUCGCCAGACUCAAUUCAGCGGAAGCCUAA